CAAGUAUUUUGAGUCUGAACAUUCAUCACUUGGCAGCAAAUUGGUUCAAAGCGUUUGUGAAAGUCCUUUGGUUAUGAUCAAAACGAGAAUGAUGAACAGUUGGGGUUGGGGCGCAUUAAUAUUUCUGACGCUUGCAUGUAUGAUUAAUGUUGAGAGCAUGAGGCCAUUAGAAGCCAUGCAUUUGAAUGAUCAUCAUGGAAAGAGAUGGGGUGUUCUUGUCGCUGGCUCAAGUGGUUAUGCCAAUUAUAGACAUCAGGCUGAUGUAUGUCAUGCAUAUCAAGUAUUGAAGAAAGGUGGCUUAAAAGAGGAAAAUAUCAUUGUUUUCAUGUAUGACGAUAUUGCAUUCCAUGCAAGCAACCCCACCCCUGGUGUCAUUAUCAACAAGCCAUAUGGCAAUGACGUUUAUUAUGGAGUCCCCAAGGAUUAUACAGGAGAUGAUGUUAAUGUGAAUAACUUUUAUGCUGUUCUUCUUGGAAACAAAAGUGCCCUUACUGGAGGCAGUGGUAAGGUUGUGGAUAGCGGACCAAAUGACUCUAUUUUCUUAUAUUAUGUCGACCAUGGCAGUUCUGGGAUACUCGGGAUGCCUAAUGGGGAGUAUGUGUAUGCCAAAGAUCUGAUCAAUGUGUUGAAGAAGAAGCAUGCUGCAAAAACCUACAAAAGUAUGGUAAUUUACGUGGAAGCUUGUGAAUCUGGGAGUAUUUUUGAGGGCCUUCUUCCAAAGAAUAUAAAUAUAUAUGCAACAACAGCAUCAAAUGCAGUGGAAAAUAGCUGGGCAGCAUAUUGUCCUGGAGACCAUCCCAGUGUUCCUCCAGAAUAUGAAACCUGCUUGGGAGACGUAUAUAGCAUUUCUUGGAUGGAGGAUAGUGACAAACAUGACUUGCGCAAGGAAACUUUGGAGCAGCAAUAUGAAGUGGUCCGAAGAAGAACAGGAUUUGAUAAUUUACAAUACAGUUCUCAUGUAAUGAAAUAUGGAAAUGCAAGCCGUGGGAAUGAUUUGGUCUCCUCAUAUAUUGGUACAAAUCCUGCAAACGACAACUUUACUUUCCUUCAUGAUUCCUCUUCACCACCGACUCCAAGGCUCGUCAGCCAACGUGAAGCCGACCUCCUCCAUUUCUGGCAAAAGUACCAUAAAGCCCCUGCUGGCUCUCAUGACAAGCUUGAAGCUAAAAAAAGACUGGUUGAUGAAAUUUCUUAUCGGAAGCACGUGGAGUACAGUAUAAAUCAUAUUGGGAUGCUCUUGUUUGGAAAUAGUAACAGCUCAUCAAUACUGUUGGACACUGUUCGGCCACCUGGGCAACCUCUUGUGGAUGAUUGGGAUUGUUUUAAGAUGCUUGUAACAACUUAUGAGAAAUAUUGUGGAUCAUUAUCCAAGUAUGGAAUGAAAUACAUGAGAGCUAUUGCUAACAUGUGCAAUGUUGGGGUUACCAUGGAGAAGAUGGCUGCGGUAUCAAUUCAAACUUGUUCUAAUUAGCAUCUCUUGAAAAUGUAAUAAAUCAUACAUGGAUGAUGCUACUUCUGUUUAUCAUGCUCUAAUGUGUUUCAAUGCGAUUCACAUGUAUAUGAUAUAUAUCUCAGGAGAUUUUAUGUUUUA